UUGAGGAGCGAGCUGGCUGUUGAUUAACUGAUGAACGAACCGUCACUGUCUUACUGAAUUGAACACUCGCAUCCUCCACCUCCACCUAGCCAUGUCCCGCCUCCGCCACUCCACCUCCACCGCGCCGAUGUUCCACCUCCGCCUCCUCCGCUGCCGCUUCUCCUCCAUCUCCACCUUGCCGCCGUCACGCUCAUGGUCUCCCCAUGCAGCCUUUGCCGCGGCCACAGAGCGCGUCAUCGCUGGGACGCUCAGCCCGGAGGACGCACACCGCCUGUUCGACGAAUUGCUACGGCAGGCCACUCCGGUCCCCGCGCGCUCCCUGAACGGCUUCCUCACGGCCCUCUCCCGUGCGCCGGACACCGGCGCCUGCAGAGACGGCCCCGCCCUCUUCAACCGCACCCGCCGAGAAGAGGCCGGCUCCCGGGUGGUGUCGUCCACAAUCUUCACCUACGGCAUCCUCAUGAACUGCUGCGGCCGCACGCGUCGUCCGGAACUUGGGCUUGCCUUCUUUGGGCGCGUCCUCAGGAUGGGCCUGAAGACAAAUGUGGUCGUCGCCACCAUGGUCCUCCAGUGCCUCUCCAGCGCCAAACGGACAGAUGAGGCUGUGGACAUCCUGCUACAUCGGAUCUCCGAGCUCGGGUGCGUGCCUGACGCCUUCUCAUACUCCAUUGUUCUGAAGAGCUUAUGCGAUGAUAGCAGGAGCCAGCGGGCACUCGACCUGCUCCACAUGUGGGAGAAAGAACGAGGUGUCUGCUCCCCCAACGUAGUGACGUAUAACACGGGCAUCCACGGCUUCUUUAAGGAAGGUGAAGUAAGCAAGGCAUGCAAUCUAUUCCAUGAAAUGGUGCAGAAAGGGGUUGAACCUAAUGUGGUGACAUAUAGCUUGACCAUUGAUGCGCUGUGCAAGGCCAGAGCUAUGGACAAAGCAGAGUUGUUCCUCCGGCAGAUGAUUGAUAAAGGUGUUCAACCGAACAAUGUGACAUAUAAUGUCAUGAUCCAUGGAUAUUCCACUCUGGGCCAGUGGAAAGAAGCGGGUAAAAUGUUCAGAGAAAUGACAAGACAGGGUCUCAUACCAGAUCUUGUUACUUGGACCUCGUUCAUGGCCUCUCUCUGUAAGCAUGGAAGAACCAAAGAAGCUGCCGAAUUUUUUGAUUCCAUGACUGCCAAGGGCCACAAGCCUGAUUUGGUCACGUACCAUGUUCUGCUCCAUGGGCAUGCAACCGAAGGAUGCUUUGCUGAUAUGAUUAAUCUCUUUAAUGCAAUGGCAACCAAAGGUAUUCUACCCGACCGUCAGGUUUUCAACAUUUUAAUUGAUGCACAUGCUAAACAUCGAAUGAUGGAUGAAGCUAUGCACAUAUUUACUGGAAUGCAGGGGCAAGGAGUGUGUCCAGAUGUAUGGACCUAUUCAACUCUAAUAUCUGCACUUUGCAGAAUGGGUAGGCUGGCUGAUGCCAUGGAUAACUUCAGUCAGAUGAUUGGUAAGGGAGUACAACUGAACACAGUUGUUUAUCACUCCCUAAUUCAGGGUUUCUCUACACAUGGUGAUUUGAGGAAAGCAAAGGAGUUGGUUUAUGAAAUGACGAACAAAGGUAUUCCUUGUCCAAACAUUGCAUUCUUCAGUUCUAUAAUGGACAGUCUAUGCAAAGAAGGAAGGGUUAUGGAUGCACAUGAUAUCUUCCACUUGGUUACAGACAUAGGUCUGAAACCUAACAUCAUUACGUUUAAUACGCUGAUUGAUGGAUAUUGCUUAGUCGGUGAGAUGGAGAAAGCAUUUGGAGUACUUGAUUCCAUGGUAUCAGCUGGCAUUGAGGCUGAUGUUUUUACAUAUAAUACACUUGCUUAUGGCUAUUGUAGAUGUGGAAGGACUGAUGAUGGGUUGAUUCUCUUCAGAGAAAUGGUGCAAAACAAACCUAAGCCCACAACAAUCACAUAUAACAUCAUACUGGAUGGGUUAUUUCGUGCUGGGAGAACAUUUGCUGCAAAGAAAAUGUUCCUUGAGAUGACCGAAACGGGAAUAACAGUGAGCAUUUCCACAUACAGUAUAAUACUUGGAGGACUUUGUAGGAAUAAUUGCUCUGACGAAGCGAUCACCCUAUUUCAGAAAUUAGGAGCAAUGGAUGUGAAGUUUGAUAUUAAAAUACUCAAUACCAUGAUCAAUGCCAUGUUCAAGGUUCGGAGAAGAGAAGAAGCUAACGGUUUGUUUGCUGGAAUAUCAGCCAGUAGGAUGGUACCUAAUGCUUCUACCUACAGCGUAAUGAUAGGAAAUCUUCUAAAAGAAGGAUCAGUGGAAGAAGCUGAAAAUAUGUUCUCAUUAAUGGAGAAGAGUGGUUGUGCUCCAGACUCUCGUCUUAUAAAUAAUAUCAUCAGAAUAUUAUUGGAAAACGGUGACAUCGUCAAGGCUGGAAAUUAUAUGUCUAAAGUUGAUGGCAAGAGCAUCUCACUUGAAGCUUCAACUACUUCGUUGUUGAUGUGUCUCUUUUCAAGUAAAGGGAAAUAUCGGGAACAAAUCAGUUUGCUCCCUGUAAAUUACCAAUUUUUCAAUGGAGUCAGUUGAUGCACUGGACUAGCCAGAUAAACAUUGGCAAUUUGGCAUGGUUUGGAGCUCCCUCUCAAUGAUGUCGACAUGAGUUCUCUUCCAUGCGCUCACAAGAUCGAGCUGUGUGUUGGUGCCAUCCCAGCGUUUUGGCCUGAUGCAUGCCGCUGCUGGGCGUGCAUCCUAUGGACAUCGCCCCUAAUCUGCAUGCCAUUUCCAUGCUCAAGGCAACCCAUUGUCUUUGUGGCAAUGGAUACAUAAAGAAGUACCCAACUGGUCUUUUCCUGAAAGAUGCAAACUGUUUGAGGUUGGAGCUGGCACUGUAGUGAGAUAAGAAGAAUGAUAAUUAGCUCUUCAAAGAGGACUGAAACUAUUCUUUUGGCAGUCAGGUGUCGGUUGCAUAUUUCUAACUAGAGGAGGUGAGUACCGAGUAGGAUCUAAACAUUACCAAAAUGUCUCUGGGUUUCAUUGUUUGACGAUAUCCUAUCCAAGCCUUCUCGAUUUUGUAUAUGUCCAACACACUUGGAAAUAAACACAUAAUCGCAUUUGAUUCACUAUUUGGUUUUUAUGCAAAAAAAGUUAGUACUCCCAUAUUUUUUGCAAGCAGCGUAGAUCCCUGACAUAGUAACAUCUUUGUGCAACGUAUAUAAGCAUCGGCCAUACUGGUUUUUACAACCUUUUGGAUUCAGCACAGGCUGUAAUACCCCUUACCACCUUUACGAGACAGGAAUGCGAUAUGCAGUUUCUUGUUUCUAUAUGACAAUUCAGCUCUAAUGCAACACAAAAUUGGGAAGUUACAUGUAAGGGGAACCUAACAACCUUUGUGAAUAGGUAGUGUUGCCUUUUUCUACGUUGUUUUUUUUUUCUUCAGAUGGGGCUAUAAUGCACUGAGCAAGUUGUCUUUCCUUGAACUUGAGCUUCUCUUCUUCCUGCUGGCGGAUAUUAGUCUCGAUGUUUUGCCCAUUUCUGCUGCCGAUGGCCUCGACUACACCUUGUUGGCCCUCUGCAGCACUAGGUUUCUCUUCACAGCCGGCAGGCACCUCUGCAAGGAAUCCCAAUAGGACAACGACAUCAUUCAUGUAUGGCGGAAUAGAGGCUUCCUCCUGUAUUCAUGUCUAAGAAGAGGUCCUACUAACUCAUGGUACCUCCUCCUAUCCCUGAUCAUGGGCUUUUUCUGUUGAUCAGAUAUGAAUUUAGCAUAGCAGUCGGAAAGAACUAUUGUCCAGUAUAUUUCAAAUAAAAUCUAACAAAGCAUUCUUUAUAGGGGAGUAUAUUUUUGGAGCGCAGGGCCCACAUGUGCCCAUCAGUGGAGUUUUUUUUUCCGAGAAAACGCAAAAGAGUUUGCGUUUCAUUUCAUUGAACAGGAAGAGAACAGCAGUACAGGUACAACCUCCCAGGAGGAGGGACACACGCACACACACCAUCGUCCUCACCAAACAAGCAGGUGAGGAGGUGCUACCAACUACAGACCGCAACAACAAAAGGUCUUGCCUUGUCCAGCCUCCAACCAUGAAUGGCAAGGUAGCUAGACACAGAGCCUCAAGGCCGCGUCACAGCCGUUGCCAGGCGCCUCCGAAGAAGACUGCAUCUCCAGGGCUGACCGGGCCAACGUACCUUCCGCCCAUAUGUGCCUAGGAGACGGCAGGUGGAUGGCAGGACCCAGCCAAAACUAGCGAAGCCAUCGUCUUGGACGUGCCGGCGCCGGCGUACAUUGCGCCCCGGACGCCCACGCUCCAUGCUGCAGCCCUCAUCACAACAUCGCAUUACCAGCAAACCUCGCCGGAAAGACCGGGGAGGCCACCAUCUCCAGCUGACGCAUAGGGGACUCCAAGUGCGACCCAAGCAGCGCUUUCAAGAAAGGAAUGGCGCUGAGACACCGCCGCUGCCUUGUCCAGGGAACUGGACCAAGGGUUUCCCCCGGUGCCCGAGGAGAGGGUCCAGUCCGGGCCAUGACAGCGCCUCCAUGGAGGUAACGGCACCCUCAGGUGUCGCCGUUGUCAGCGCAGGCCAUCGCCGCGCAGGGAUUUCGCCCGGCCCAAGACCAGAACCCCAAAACUGCCGAAGCAGAGCAAACAGGAGAUGGGGAAGCAGAUCGCCAGAGAGGACCACCAGCACCGAGAGGGAAACC